AUGCCUACCCCACGACGAAGCAAGAGGUCCAAAGCCCAACAAGAGCCUGAGCAAGAACGACCCGCCAAAGUCGCCAAAGUCGCCAUGGAUAACAAUACAACUUCGAAUACUCGCAAUGUCUACCCACACCCCGAGCCUCAAUUCGUCCAUUUCCCCAGCCGCCGUUCAGUUGUACACAGUACCAAAGGUAUCGUGUCAUCCGCUGCUGGAAUUGAGAUCCUGAGGAAAGGUGGUAACGCGGCAGAUGCUGCUGUGGCCGUUGCGGCAGCCAUCAAUGUCACAGAGCCGGGCUCAACGGGCAUCGGCGGUGAUAUGUUCUGUCUGUACUACGAUGCGAAGACGAAGAAGGUAUCUGCCAUGAACGGUUCCGGCCGGAGUGGCGCGAAUGUCACUCUCGACAAGGUCAGGAAAGACCUCAACAUCGCAGAAGGCCAGAGCGGCCAGAUUCCCAUGGACCAUGUACAUGCCGCGACAGUGCCUGGCGCAGCAGCGGGAUGGGUCGACUGUGUUGAGCGAUUUGGUAGUGGAAAGGUCAGCAUGGAGGACGUGCUCGCGCCCGCCAUCGAUCUCGCGGAGAACGGUUUCCCAGUCUCCGAGUUAUCAGCAACAUUCUGGGCAGCGAGCGAAAAGGACCUCUUGAAAGCAUCGCCCAACGGGCGCGAGAUGCUCAAGGAUGGCAGAGCGCCCAAAGCUGGAGAAAUCAUGAAGAACCCCACCAUGGGCAACACCUUCAAACUGCUGGCCAAGCACGGAAAGAAAGGAUUCUACGAGGGCGAAGUAGCCGAGCAGCUCGUAAAAGUAGUGCAAGAUCUCGGUGGCUAUCUCACUCUAGGCGAUCUCAAACACCACGCGGAGACCGGGACGGAACCAGUCGACCCCAUCUCGCUGAAGUACACAGGCCAAGGUGUUGGAGAGCGACCAGACGGCGGUAUCGAGCUAUGGGAACAUCCACCAAACGGCCAAGGAAUCGUCGCAUUGAUGGCCCUCGGCAUCAUCCAGGAACUUGAGAAGCAGAAGAAGAUUCCAAAGUGGAGCCUCAACGACCACAACAGCACGCAAUAUCUUCACACCGUCAUCGAAGCAUUGCGCAUCGCCUUCUGUGAUGCCCAUUGGUUCGUCACAGACCCGAACGUCGUCAAAGUGCCAUCUGCCGAGCUUAUCUCGGAAGAGUAUCUUGCUGAGCGAGCGAAACUAUUCGACCAAAAGAAGGCCAUCUCAGCGCCUGUCCAUGGUUCUCCAGCGCAUCUGCAAAGCGACACUGUCUACUUCUGCUGUUCUGACCCCGAAGGAAACGCCAUCUCCUUCAUUAACAGUAACUAUGGCGGAUUUGGUACUGCCAUCAUUCCCAAAGGCUGCGGUUUCACACUGCAAAACCGAGGUGCAAACUUCAGUCUCGACAAAGACCACCCGAAUGUUCUGGCCCCGAGAAAGCGACCAUACCACACUAUCAUCCCUGGCCUGACAACAUACAUCAACGAUGGUAGUCUGCACUCCGUGUACGGCGUCAUGGGUGGUUUCAUGCAACCUCAGGGUCAUGUACAGGUGCUCCUCAACCAAGAAGUCUUCAAACUCAACCCGCAAGCUGCGCUAGAUUCACCACGCUUCUGCAUCGGAGCCGGAAUGCCUAGCGCUGACGGCAAGAUGACUGACGCGACGAUUUACUUGGAAGAGGGUAUCGACCAAAAGGUCGUAGAAGAGCUGCGAGCACUUGGCCAUAAUGUCAAGCAACUGGACGGCUACGGACGCGGUAUGUUUGGUCGGGGCCAGAUCAUCCGGCGACACGUAGACGACGGUGUGCAGGUCUGGAGUGGAGGUAGUGAUCUGCGAGGUGACGGUGCGGCGAUGCCAUUGUAG